UGGCUGUUUUAGGCAAGUACCAGUCUGUUAUCAAUGAACAAACGACCCACCGGCCCACAGGUUUACAAGCUACUAGAUUAUAGAUAUACAAACUGAUAAAGCUACAAAAUGGCAAUUUUUGAUUCUAGCCGAGGAGGGUACAGGGUAUUUGUUGGGGAUCUUGGAAGUCGUGUAGGGAAGUACGAACUUGAACGAGAGCUAGAAAAGUUUGGACCAAUUUUGGAUGUUUGGGUUGCAAGAAAUCCACCAGGUUUUGCUUUUAUGGUAUACAAAUAUUCAGAUGAUGCAGAAAAAUGUGUAAAUAGGCUCCAUGGAAGAGUUAUAUGUGGGAGAAGAGUUAGAGUAGAACAUGCAGUACCAUAUGACGAACAUCGCAGAGAUAAAUCAACCAAACGGAAAAGGCCAGUGUAUAGACCAGAUUCCAGAUCACUCAGCAGAUCAAGAUCAAGGUCAAGACAAAGAUCCAAUAGGAGAUCAAGGUCAAAGUCACAUAAAAGGUCAAGAAGUUCAUCAAGAGACAGAAGAAAAUCAAAAUCAAGUACCCGUACUAGUAAACGAAAGAGGUCAUCUUCCAGAUCUAGGUCAAGGGAUAGAAAAAGAUCAAAAGAAAGAAGCAGUAAAUCAGAACGUAAAUCAAAAUCCCGCUCCCGAUCCAGAAGUAAAUCUCCAAAAAGGAAAUCCUCAAGGCGUAGCAGAUCAAGAUCAAAGCAUGCAUCCAAAUCACCAGAUAAGAAGAGUAAAUCACAAGACAAGAAAACGAAAUCACAAGAUAGAAACAAUGAAUCAUUAGAAAGAAAGAGUAAAUCACCCGACAGAAGAAGUAGAUCUCCAGACAAAAGAAGUAAAUCACCAGACAGAAGUAAAUCACAAGAAAGAAGAAGUAAAUCGCCAGAAACACAGAGUAAAUCACCAGAAAUGCAGAGUAAAUCACCAGAAAGGCAGAGUAAAUCACCAGAGCACAACAAUGUCUCAACAUCUUCUAAAGAUCGUUCACCAUCACCCACCAAAUCUGAUAAAAUGGACCAGUCUGCUGCAAGUGAUAUGAAACCAGAUGAAAGUAGGGACAAUCAAGGGUCUGUUUCUGAAGACCAUGUUGAUACAUCGCAUGUAACAGAUGCUUCGCAUGCCACAGACACAUCCCAUGCCAUGGAUAGUACAGACCCAGACAUUGGUGAAAAACCAGAUGAUAAUGAUGCCAAUGGGGAGACAUAGUUAUUAUAGAUUGUGAUAAGCAGGACAGAAUCAAAAGAUGACAGAAAGAAUUAUAUACAAGAGUUCUAUGUGCAGUUAUGCAGAAGACAAUUAUAUUUAGUAUUUUGUUAUAUAAAUUUUAUAAUUUAAAAUUUAUUUAUUUUAUGUUACUGUUAAGUCUUAAAAAACCAUCACUGAAUAUUCAUUUUAAACACAGAAGAUGAUUAUUGAAUUUUGUAAGUAAUUAACAUUCAUUGUAUAAUUAAUUUAGGGGGUAAAGAUUUGUAUUUUGUAGUUUUUAGUUCAUCAGACCUGGCCUUUUUUGCCAGUGUGAGCUUUUCUCACUUAGUAUGUAUUGUUUGUAAUAAAAAAAAUAUAUAUUAGGAAAACAAAAUCACUUUAUAAAGCGCUAAAAUAUGGUUCUUAAAAACCUUUUAAAGGAAGACUUUUUUAUCAUGUAAGAUAUCAUUAUAUGCAUACAACCAGUUCUGUGAUACAUUAGCUAAAACUUUACCGGUGUAAUGUUUUGUGUGCUUUGUUAAAGUGAUACAGGUAUUGAAAAAAGAAAACAAUUGGGUUUAUUGUCCCAAAAAAGAAAAAAAGUUAUGCCCCUCACAGUUGAAAGAUGAUUUACUUUAUCUGGUUUUGAAAAGUUUCAUUUUCAAGUUGCUUUCAAAGAAACCAAUAUUUGUAAAUUAAUUAAUCAUAAAUCAGUAAAAGUAUAAUUUUAAUAGUUCCUACAACAUUUUAGUUCCCAAUUAUUCAGUUUCAUGCUUUGAUGUCUUAUUACCAGUAGUUAAUUUAUUUUCUGUUAGAAUCAUUUUCUGAAAGAAAAAAAUUGUUGAUACAUGUAUUAUAAAUUAAUAAUAUUUUGAAAUUAACUUCCAAAUAAACAGUUCUUUUCUGUAAGAGUUAUGUCACCUUUUAGUGACUUGUUUAGCUUUUCAUUUAUCCAUUCGAUAGAAAUCCAUUUUGGUAGAGCAACCUUAUUUCACAUUGUCAAUUUUAAUGUAUGUUACAUCACAGCUGAGCAAAAUGAAUCCCUACUACAGGCAUUUUACAUUUUAGUGACUGGUUAAGUAUUGUGCCUAAGUAAGUAUCUUAUAAAAUACGGGAAAAACAAUGAUAUUUCACUGCUGCAAUCCUCAUGUUUUUGUACAAAACAAUUUUGCAAAAACUAGGUCAUUAUGACCUACAUAUCAUGUAUUAGUAGAUUUUUUAAAAUGUCUCAUUCAUUUAUGUUCAUCUUAAGAGUUUUCCAUAUUACAAGCACAUCUAAUUUUUUUGUAAAAUAAAAUUCUAGACCACUUUUGACAGUAUGUUUGGUUGACUCAGGUGAAGUUUUAUAUUGAUGUUUAAUUAGCAGUUUCUUGAAGAGAAUCCCUAUUUGAGAACACAGCAUCCUUGUUUGAAAGUCACAUCAUCUAGUAAAACAAUACUUUAGAAAGCAAUUUCUACUAUUUGGGUAUUAUAAAUGAUAGUUUAUGAAUAGUCAUAAUUUUUUUUAGUCUAGAUUGUCAACCAUAAUAUUUUAUCCUUUUGUCAACAACAUUUUGGGUUUGUUCAAAGAACAAAAGUUGUGGCUGAAAUGAUACAUGUGCAUGUUGAGAUAAAAAAAAAUUAAACAAAAAGAUCAGAUGUGUAUUGUUGACAGAUGAGAUCGACUUCUCUGGUGAAUCUUUACAAGUAAUGUAAAUUUAAAAAAUUUCAAUAGACAGAAAUAACUCACAAAUAAUUAGAAAUUCUCACAGCUUGAUUAUAACUUAGAAUGAACAUUGAUAAACUAUUUUAGAUCUAUACUGUUGCAAUGUGGUUGUUUAUAUUUAUAGUUUGUAUAUUUCAUAAUGAUUUAAUUGUUUGGGGUUGCAAACACAAAACUAAAUAAAUUUAGAUAAACAUUAAGGAGGGUGGUAAAGGGUUAUUUUCGUGCAACGUGAUCGCCGUUUUUUAUUUCACGUUCAACGUGUUUUAACUUUUUUAUUUGACGUUCAGUCGUGCAAGACAGGUGCCUCGUUCAACGUGUUCUGCUUAUUUAAUUUUACGUGCAUCGUGAAUUUCAAAUGCUUAUUUUGCGUGCUCGGUAUUUUUCAAAUAAAUUUCAAACACUAGGCAGGGAUCGUCAAGUAAAAAAAAUGAUUGAAUUUUGUUUUUUGAUAAAGCAGAAAGGCCUAUGAUGUUGUUCCUUUAUUUUCAUUUUAUAGUUAAGAAGAUCGUUAUAUACUUUUUUAAAAGCCGUAAACCAUUUAUAUCAUAAAUGUGUAUACUUAAUCCGGAAUAUUAAGUAAAACAGAGAGUUUAUAUAUACAAGAGGACAGUGACUCAGUCACAAAAGGUUCACAUCAAAGUCUUUAUUUCUCGUGCAAGGUUCAUGACAGAAAUUAUGUCUUAUUUCACGUUUUUGCCGUGCAAGCACCCCCCUUUACCAUCCUCAUUAAGAAAAGGGUAGUUUUGGUAAUGGGUAUAAUAAGUUCUAGAUUGCUCUAACAUCUGACGGUGUUAUUUUCGUUUUGCAUGGACCAUGGGACAUCAUAACGCAGUCCAUGUAGGAAACUUGGAAAUUGAUAACCCUAACUUUGGGCAACAAGUUUCUGAUUAUAAAUUGUAAAAGAUUCUUUGUCAAGCAAAUAAAUGAUACACCAUUCAUUUCCUUAUUCAAUUUGUAUUCCAAAUAUGUAUUUUUUAUUCCCUGAUUCCCCCUGUCAGAAGUCAGAGCAAUUUAAGACUACAGAAUAAUGUGCUUACAUGUAGUAAAUGGUUAAAAUAUAUGAUUUAUGCAUUCAGGUAUACAUUAUUUAAGAUUGAGAAAUUUAGUGAUUUUGAUUUAAAUUAUUGUUGUUUGUAAACAGGUGACAAUUAAAAAAUAUCUGUUA